AUGGGUGAAGAAGAUGUUGAAGCUUCUGUAAAUGCGAGGAAUAUGACAAAUCUUCAGGACAACUUAAUUGUACCUCACUCAGGAAGGUCAAAUUUAGCUGCUUCAAUUGUGAUUGAUGACUUGAGGUGUAAUGUUGACAAGAGUCCUAAUGAAAUUAGAAAGGACUUGUAUAAAGAAUAUGGAGUGCAAUUGAACUAUACUCAAGCAUAUAGGGUUAGGAAGAGAGCACUAAUGGAAUUACAUGGUCGAGUAGAAGAUUCUUAUAAGGUAAUCCCUUGGAUGUGUGAGAGACUAAUGGAAACUAAUCCUGACACAGUUGCAAGAUGGGAAGGCUUAGAUAGCAACCGAUUUGAGAGGCUAUUCAUUGCAUAUGGAUGCUCAAUUAAAGGCUUUGUGAAAGGUUGCAGACCAAUUAUUUAUAUAGAUGGAUGUCAUUUGAGUGGUCCUGACAAAGGAACUUUAUUAUCAGCUUGUGCAUUUGAUACAGACAAUGAGUUGUUUCCUUUAGCAUAUGGUAUUGUUAGCGGAGAAACAAAUGAUGAAUGGACUUGGUAUCUACAGAAUCUGAAAGAGAUAACCAGAUCAGCACAAGUGACAAUUGUCUUAGAUCAGAGUAAUGCUAUUAUCGGUGCUGUCAUGAUAGUAUUUGAUGGUGACAGACAUGCUUUUUGCUAUCGACAUGUGAAAGAAAAUUAUAGUGCGCAGUAUGUGAAAAUCAAUAGAGGUGUGAGACGGGCCUUAGAAAAUAACAAGGAGAAUGCACUUAAUUUACUUGAUGGAAUUGCAUAUGCAAGGCAUGAUAAUGAGUUUAAUGUUGCAAUGGGAAAUUUAAGAUUGUUUUGUCCUUAA